AGCGCGCGACGGCGUAAGACGUGUGGUGUGUCGGCUCCGUCGAUUUUCGGCUGGAGUCACGGCUCAAUCCUCUGCACCCCAGCAAGACCGACGUCAAUCGACGCAGCAAACCGUCUGGACCACGUGGAUACUAAUGUUCACCAGGUGGGACCACUUUUGAAGAUUUUACGACCGAAUUACACCCGCCUACGUGGGCGACGCCGUUAGGCCAUACGGCGACGCCGACUCCCGGCGGCGUGGAACCGGCCUCCCGAGGUAAAAUGGCGGCUCCCACGUCAUUCCUGAGGGGUUACGAUCCCGACGCCAUGGCCUGGACGACGGUUUCAACAUCAGAAGAUCAAAACUCCGCUCCUAUUCCGACAUUUCGGCACCAAUCUCUCAAUGAAGCGGUCGCGCGUCGCUCGCUCGUUCAAGCCAAGACGGCGGCGUCCAUCGCCGCCCCAGUCUCCGGCACACCGGCCGGCAAGACGCAGCCUCCCGCUUCGCGCGCUGCGGGAAGCAAACGCAAGGCCCUUACCAAAUGGAAGCCUCGGCCAUUUCCAAAACCGGGCCCUGAUGACUUCGUGGUCGUGCUCAAGCCACGCGAGCAUGUGUCGCUGCACCAAGCCUUUUCGGAGAACCGCUACGGUGCCGCCAUUACGGCCUACCUCGGGCCUGAGGUGGCAAGGUCUGUUACGGUUCUGCCGUCCCGUGAACAAAACCUGAUAUUGAUCCACACCCCGAACCCGGCAGCGGCAGAUCGGCUCCUCGGGGACUUCUCAAUCAACACCGACCGUGGGCCGAUUCCGCUCCACGGAUACCUUAGGCAAGACGGAGGCGAUAUCUGCCACGGCGUCAUCGUCGUCAGCAACUCUGACACCACUGAAUCGCUUCGAGAGCAGGUGCAAUGGAGAGCAGGCACCAUUGUCGAGGUGAGGAAAUUCGGCUCCUCUAACAAAGCUCGGGUAACCUUCGCCGGGAGGGAGAAACCGCGUUUUGUGCACUAUGAGAACAUGCUCAUCCCAGUGCAAACCUACUACCGGACAAUCCCGGCCUGCGGCCUGUGUGGGGCUGUCGGCCACCGAGCGGAUGCUUGUCCCAACACGCAGCAGAACACGUGCGGACUCUGCGGGCAACAAGCCCCGCUUGUGGAGGGGGUGCGGGCCCCUCACGAGUGUGUUCCACGGUGCUCUGUUUGUGGCGGUGGACACGCCACAAACUCACGUGAGUGUGCGGCAAAAUUCCGCACACACAAGAUGGCCGCCCCGAAGGGCGGGACAAAGAGGAAAAUGGCGGCCAAGAACAAGAGCCGCCAUCUUGGCCUCCCCGGUGAGUCACCGAGCCGGGACGACAGCAACACCGAGAAGCCGGCACCGAGAAGUUCUACCGGAGGAGCCGGCAAGCGACCGCCGACGCAGCCGCCACCACACGGCGACACUGGAAAACUGUCGACGUCGCCACCACGAGGCGAGGCCAGGGCCUGGGCCAACGCCGUGCAACACGGAACGCAGGUGAGCGGUACGGGCAGGGCUGCCUCCUCUUCCCCUACCUCCUCCCCCCCUGCGGCACGCAGUGCCGAGCAAGCCAAGAUUGCAGCUCUCGAGGGCCAAAUUGAGAUGCUGCUCAAAAAAAUUACGCUCCUGGAAUCGCAGUCAAAACAGCCUACCACUCCCCCCUCUACCCCCGCAACUGAGGCUAUGGAGACUCUCUUCAGUCGCGCCCUGAAGGCUGCGGGCAGGGACCCCCUGGUGAUCGUGGGCGAUUUCAACGCUCACAGCACACUCUGGGGGUACAUGCGUGAAGAAAAGCGCGGGCGCAAGCUAGCGGAACUUGCGUCCACGCUGGGCCUGACUCUUCACACCGACCCUGCACAUCCAACGCGGGUGGGUAACUCCGUGACUCGGGACACGUGUCCGGACCUUACCUUCACCAAAAACAUUAGACACGCAGAAUGGGCCAACACCGAGGAAACCCUCGGCAGUGACCACUGCAUACUCAACACAACCGUCAGAAGCAAACCAUUGGCAAGAUCCCACGCCCAAGCCCGCCUACCCGACUGGACCAAGUUCCGGCAAAACUACACUAAUUCGGCCCCUAUCCACGAACAAGGUUACCACGCGUGGUCACAAGAAUUGGUUGCACACCUUCGUUCGGCGGAAACACAAGUUCAACUAUCGGAGGCCACGCCGGAGGUCGACAACCACCUCCUGCACCUAUGGGAGGCGCGGCACAGCCUCGUCCGUAGGUGGCGCCGCCAAAAACACAAUCGGAGGCUCAAAAUUCGCAUCGCCGAGCUCACCCAACGAGCAGCAGAGUACGCGGCCCAGCUCGCCGACUCGAAUUGGGUGGACCGAUGCAACAUGGCCGCUAGACAAAUGUCUAGCCGGAGCACCUGGCGUCUCUUUCGCGCCUUGAUCGAUCCGACUCAAACCAGAGCCGAGACACAAAAACAUCUCCAACGGGCUAUCCAUAGCUUCGACGGAGACAUCUCAAAAUUAGCAUGCAAACUACGCGAUCAGUACCUUUGUAUACAACAGGACCCCCGAGGGCCAGCGUACUCGUAUGCAGGUUCCGAGAACGCGGAGCUGGACCAACCGUUCCAGCUCCACGACCUGAAGGCGGCGCUCACUAAAAUGAAGCGAGGAACGGCGCCGGGAAGAGACAAAAUAACAGUGAAACUACUUGCCAACCUUCCCGACCCCGCCUACGAGGCGCUCCUCGCAUACAUAAACUCAAUCUGGCUCGUACGUUAA